AUGAUUGAUUCAAAAGAUUUAGCUACACUUUUAUCAUUAUUGGAUGAAAGUGAUAAACCAUUUGAGACAAUCGCAACCACAUUUUAUAGAACAUUUAGUAAAAACGAUCAUUUUAAAGUUGGAUGUGCAAUUUAUACAAUUAUAAAAGAUGGAUUUAUAAGGAUACCAAGUCAAAGAUUAAUUGGAUUUUAUAUUUUAUUUAGUUUAUAUAAACCAGACUCUUCAAUACUUUCAUCAAAUUCAUUAUCAUCUUCUUCAAUAUUAACACCAUCUUCAACAACAACAACAACAACAACUGAACAUAAUAAUAGUAAUAAUAAUACAUCAUCACCAUCUUUCUCUUCUUCAACAGUACCAACCAACACAACAUUACAACAAAACACACCAUCAUCAACAUCACAAGCUAUAUCACCAUCUUCAUCAACAUCAUCAACGUCAACUUCAUCAUAUACCAAUACUACAACAAAUACUACUAUACCAUCAUCAUCACCAACAUCGACAACCAAUACAAUCAUUGAAAAUGUAAAUGAUUAUCCAAUUGCAUUUAAUCCAUUUCUACCAAUAUUUAUAGAUGAACUUGAAAAACAGAUUGAUUCAUCAAUCUCUUCACCACUUUUUAAUCCAAUAGAAAAACAAAUUUUGCCUUUAUUUUUAACAAAUUUACCAAAAGAUUUUUCCAAAAAAACACCAAAAGAAAUUAUAAAUAUAGGUAUGAAUAAUACAGCGAACACAACCACAACUACAACAACAACAACAACUACAGCAACUACAAAUAUCACAUUACCAAAUAUAUCAAUAUCAAAAUCAUCAUUAAAAGAAUAUAAGAAUUUUUAUUUAGAAAGAUUACCAAAUCAUUGUUUUCCGUCAUUUAGGAGUAUCGGUAUCUCUCAAAAUAUAUUAUUCCAAUUACCAUCCACUACUACAACAACAACCAAUACACCUACAGCGACAACAACAACAAAUACAACCAUUAAUACACAACAAUCAAACCCUUCAUUAAAUACAAUUAAAAACCAUGAUAUAAAUAGUGAAGAAUUAAGUUUCUUUUCAUUUGAACCACGUUUUAAAAGGGCUGAACCACCAUCAUUUAACCCUACAACUUGGAUAAAUCCUUCAAUUAAUCAUGGAUUAUUAUUAUCGAAUCCAAUGUCAUCAACAGUAGCAGCAACAAUAGCAGCAACAGCAACAUCAGCACCUACAACAAUAUUAAUACCAUCACCAACAACAACAACAAGUUAUAACUCAAAAAAAAUAGUUAGAGAUUUAAUGACAAAAGCAAUUAAAGGGAGAUUAAAGAAGAGUCAAAUUCUACAAAUUAAAAAUGAAAUGGAUAUUGACCCUAAAUUAGCAUACUAUUCUGGAUUGACACCAAAGAAUUUACCAUUUUUAGUAGAGAAUAAUACUCAAGUUGCAAUUGAUACCCUUUUGAAAUUAAUUAAUUCACCAGAUUUUAAAGAUCAUUUUCAAACUUUAAUCUCUAUGGAAAUGAAUUUUCGUUCAAUGGAGGUUGUAAAUGCAUUGGCAACCGUUGAUUUACCCCCUCAUUUCAUUCCAAUGUACAUAACGAAUUGUAUCGACUCUUGUAACAAUAUCAAAGAUAAAGCAAUGCAACAAAGAUCUGUUCGUUUGGUUUGUGUUUUCAUUCAAUCAUUAAUUCGUAAUAAUAUUAUAAAUAUUAAAAAUCUUUUCUGUGAAGUUCAAACUUUUUGUUUAGAAUUUUCAAAAAUACGUGAAGCAAUUAGUUUAUUUAAAGCAAUUAAUGAUAAUAAUAAUACAAAUAAUACAAAUACAAAUACAAAUACAAAUAAUUCAAAUACCACUAAUACAAAUAAUAAUAAUAAUAAUAAUAAUAAUAAUAAUAAUAAUAAUAAUAAUCUUAUUAAUAUUGGUGAAGAAAAUCCAAAUUUAAUAAUAAUGGCAACAAAGUAA